CUGGUCGGCGGGGCCGCGGGAACAGGGCGGGCCGCGCGCCGAUCCGGCCCUGCGGCCCGCCAUCGGUGUUCCGGGCCUCUGGGCCGCGCGCCCGCCGAAGGGCUGCGGGUCCGGCCGCCAUAUGUGGACCUUAAAGCACCAGUCUUUUGAAGCGCUUUGACAUCUCUGAAGGGCUUUGCAUUGCAAACUAAAUCGAAGCUCUUUGUAGUCCCGGAAGCGCUUUGACAUCUCCGAGGUAGCGCUGUGCAAAGUGAAGCACGUUAAUCGCGGAAGCACGUUGUGGAAAUCGAACCGGAGCCUUUAGUAAAUCUUGCAGCGUUCUGACUUCUCAGAAGCGCUUUGGAAUCGCAAACAGUCGAAGCGCUUUGGCAUCUCUGAAACCUAGAGACCUGUGAUGGGCAGUGGAAAGAAGGAGGAAAGGUGCCCAUGGCGUCGGAGAGGCGCAAGGUCAAGUACCACUGGAGUAGCACUUCGGAAGGGUGUUCCCGCAAGCGCAGCUGCCUCCGGGAGACCAGUGAUGUGGCCGCCUCCAGACGGUCAGCUCCUAGCUCUGCGUCGCGUUCUGGAGGGGCCAGCAGCCCCAAGCGCCUGAAAGCCCAGCAGGAGGACGAUGUGGCCUGUACACCAAGGUUGUCUUGGGACUCAUCCCGCCGCAGAAAUUCUUCCUCCUCUUCCUCCCAUUCCUCUGGCCCAGGUGUGGACGGGGCUGCCUCCAAAGGCAGCCUGAUUCGGAGCACGCGGGCGUUCCUUUCCUCAGGGGGAUCUCUGCGCCCUGCCAACCCCUCUCUAGAAGAAAUGGCUUCUCUAGAGGAGGAAGCCUGCAGCCUUAAGGUUGAUUCCAAAGAUAGUUCUCGUAAUUCCAUGAACUCUGAGUUUGCAGCUGAAGCUGAGGGUCAGAGUGAUACAAUUGAGGAUCCAAACAAAAUUCAGAAAAAGAAGAGAGAUAGACUUCGAGACCAAGGGUCCACAAUGAUCUAUCUGAAGGCUCUCCAGGGCAUCCUGGGAAAGUCAAUGCCGAAAAGGAAGGGAGAGGCUGCCCCGAGGGCAAAAGCAAGCACGGGAGAGCAUCCCAGCCGUGGAGAAGUACCAACCAGGAGUGGAACUGUGUCUGUGCCUCCAAAAGAGAAAGAGUCAACCCCAGAGAUCAGAGUAAAGGAGGAGAAGGCUGUGCUGGAGAGGAGCAGUUUCUGUGACCGGAGAGUGGUGAUAGACCCUCAAGAGAAACCCAGCACGGAGCCUCUUGUGGAGCGAAGGACAGUCAUUGACACGUGCUCUCCACCCCUGGAGUUUUUGGAUGACUCUGACUCGCAUUCCGAAAGCCACAAGCCUAAAGAAAGGGAGGUGGUGAUAGAACACACCUCUUCCGGAAGCGACUGGUCCGAUGUGGAUGACGUCUCCUCAGUCAGAUUCUCUCAGGAGGAGCCUGUCUCACUGAAACUCUCAGCAGUUCCAGAGCCUUCUGCCUUCCCCACGGACUAUGUCAUGUACCCGGCCCACUUGUAUAGUAGUCCUUGGUGUGACUAUGCUAGCUAUUGGACCAGCAGUCCCAAGCCUUCUAGCUACCCCUCUAUGGGCAGCAGCAGCAGCGACACAUUGCAGGCUGGGAGGGGCAGCAGGGGCCUCCUGAGUGAUUAUUCCCCCAGUUCUACAGUGAGCUCCCAAAACGCCUCCAGAGACUUGGAGGCGACCGAGGAAGGCAGAUCCCAGAGUUCUCGUUCAUUUCGUUUCUCCAGAAGCUUCGAAGAAGAGGAGGUCAAGGAGAAAAGAGCAUUCCAGGAGGAAAUACCACCCCGUUCUUGUGAAGGACACACAUCUAGCUCCCUGCCAAGGAGCCAUCGGGAGCCAAGUCUAGAGGAGGGUUUCAUUGAUACCCAUUGUCACUUGGACAUGCUCUAUUCUAAGUUGUCUUUCAAAGGGACCUUUAGCAAAUUCAGAAAAAUUUAUAGCAGCUCCUUCCCUAAGGAAUUUCAGGGCUGCAUCUCUGACUUCUGUGAUCCCAGGACACUGACAGAUUGCCUGUGGGAGGAGCUGUUGAAAGAGGAUCUGGUUUGGGGGGCUUUUGGCUGUCACCCUCAUUUUGCACGUUACUACAGUGAGAGUCAAGAAAGAAAUCUUUUGCAAGCUUUAAGGCACCCCAAGGCUGUGGCAUUUGGGGAAAUGGGUUUGGAUUACUCUUAUAAGUGCACCACGCCUGUCCCAGAACAGCACAAGGUAUUUGAGAGACAGCUGCAGCUGGCCGUGUCUCUAAAGAAGCCCUUGGUGAUCCACUGCCGAGAAGCUGACGAAGAUCUGCUGAGCAUCAUGAAGAGAUUUGUGCCCUCAGACUACAAGAUCCAUAGGCAUUGCUUCACUGGCAGCUACCCGGUCAUCGAGCCCCUGCUGAAGCACUUUCCCAACAUGUCUGUGGGCUUCACGGCGGUCCUGACGUACUCCUCCGCCUGGGAGGCCCGGGACGCUCUGAAACAGAUCCCGCUGGAGAGGAUCAUCGUAGAAACCGACGCCCCCUACUUCCUGCCUCGACAGGUUCCCAGAAGCCUUUGCCAGUAUGCCCACCCGGGCCUGGCCUUGCAUACAGUUCGAGAGAUUGCCAGGGUCAAAGAUCAACCGCUCUCCCGCACCUUGGCUGCUCUGCGUGAGAACACCAGUCGCCUCUACAAUCUUUAAGCAGAGAGACUGCAGUCAGGAGUCUCGCAUAAAAGGAUGACCAGUGGCCUGACAGAACAUGGGCUGGGUUUCAGCUCUGCCCGGUCCGAGGACGAGGACGUGUUUGGAGAGCCCAUUGGAAUGGAGAAAACCAGGACCGGAGGCAGGAUGUUUUCCUUGAAACCUCAUCAUAAGGCUUCUGCUUCUGGCUACUGGGUGGGUGGGGUGGGGUGAGGGGUAGGGUUUGCCUCCCAGCUGCAAUGCUCCAGGGCAGUCAGGGAAGUAGAAAAAGAUUGGUAGGAGGGUGCAGCGUUUGCCAGACCAGGUCCCUGUCCUCUGCAGCCUGUGUUUUUGAGCAGUCUGUGAAUAAAGUCACCCUCCUACUCGUCUAAGCACAUGCCAGUGUGUAACUUGGUUCCUGGUCUCAGUUCUAAGAAUGAAUGAACUACUGGGAAAUCUCCUGUUGGGGACCUUUGCUGGAGACCCAUCUCAGAGGUUUAUUUUCGUGCAAUCAGUGGAGUCACCCCUCUUCCUUCCCUGGAUAACUGUUGAACGUGGCUGUUGCUGUUGCUGUGUCAGCUCUGCAUCGGCACAGGUGGAAGGACCUCAGCUGCUGGUCUACCUGGUUCCACUGCCAUUGAUACAGAGGGGCGCUCGUUGUCCAGGGAGAAUCCUGGCUGAUGCAGGUCUGGACAGAUUGGGGGACACAAGGAAGAGGCUUUGUGGAAUAAGAGGACCCCAAAGAAGGUGUUCCCACUCACCCCCUGUCCCCCCAGGGCUGCAGCUCAGGUGUGUUAAACGGAUAAGGGUCCAGUUUGCAGCAGAAGCUACCUGCUAGUUUGCUGUUGGGGUCCCAGUUGCCUUUGUUCCAUUUUUGCCCCCUUCUGGAACACUGGACCAGGAAU